CUUCUUAUGUUCAACCAGGAAAGAGAAUUGAAUGAUGGGCAAAGCGUUUUGGUUAUGACUUUUGCUUUGCUUUUAUAUAAUUUCAUUUCAGAAACCAAAAUUCUUCCAUUGACAAAUCAACAAUGGAACGCCACAUUCGCCGUUUUCUCAAUAAGCUUUCAUUUGCUUCUAUUGCCAUUGCCACUCUCAUCCUCAUCUUCCUCUUCCUCCAAACCCCACAAACCUGCAUUCCCCCAAAUUCUCCUUCAAAACCCCAUCUCAAAUUCCCCAAAUCCUCCUGCGAUUCCACUCCUCGCGAGCUCGUCUCCAUUGACAAGAAGAACAAGCGUCUUUGGUCAUCCAACGACUGGAAGAAGAAGCUCUCCUCCUUCAUUAAUUUCUUCCAAUCUAUUCGAGAUCUAGGCCUUCUCCAUAACCACACCAAAGUUAUCUGCGUUUCCGCCGGCGCUGGCCAUGAGGUCAUGGCGUUGUCUCAUAUGGGAGUUCACGAUGUCACCGGUGUCGAGUUGAUUGAUUCGCCUCCUUUGGUGAGUCGUGCUGAUCCUCAUAAUUUGCCUUUCUUUGAUCAUGUUUUUGAUUUGGCGUUUACUGCUCAUUUGGCUGAGGCGUUGUUUCCGUCUCGAUUUGUUUCUGAGAUGGAGAGAGCUGUUCGUCCUAAUGGUGUUUGUGUGAUUGUUGUUGAGGAAUGUGGGGAUUAUGAAGUUAAGGAGAUUGUAGGGUUGUUUAUGAAAUCACGAUUUGUAAAUUCGAUCAAUGUUACGUUAACAGGAUUGAAAAUGACUCGGAUUUUAAUGAAAAGAACUUCUUGAUACAACAA